AUGUUCGCAUAUUUUAGCAAGGCAACUGUCUUCAGCGUUGCCCGUUCUUGGCGAGCAUCAACAACCACACGCGCAUCACUCACAUCCCGAUCAUGCAAUGCUUUAAGAACGGUCUCUGCUCCCAAGGCGCUCUCCAGUACUGCUUCUCGUCUCAACCAAAUUUCUCCCUUGGACACCGUCACAGAGACUACUGCAAGCAAUAGUAUCCCAUCUAGGACUUCGCCAUCUGAGCCGUCCGCGACGCUGUUUGUCGGGAAUGUACCCUUCCACAUUGCAGACCGCGAAGUCGCGGCGCUUUUCGAGAAUACACCUGGGUUCGUGGAAAUGAAAUCCCCUGUUGACAGGCGGAGCAAAGGAUAUGUGUUCAUUGCCUUUUCAUCUCUCGAUCUUGCCAAAGCUGCAUACCAGAGCUUUACUCUCGACCCACCAACAAUUGGCGGACGUCCAUUGAGGUUUUAUUAUUCAAACCAGAAUAAAAGUGUUAUCACCCAACCUAUCAGCAAUACUGUGUUCAUUGCAAACUUGAGCCCAACCGUUACGGAAGACAUAAUUCGAGAGUCUUUCUCAAAGUUUGGAGAUAUUGUGCAGGUCCAUAUUGCCAGACGUGAAGGCAACCGUACAGUUGCAUGGGUCAAGUUCUCGAACGAGAGUCAAGCCGAAAUGGCUCUCAAUGCACUACAGCGGAAACCUAUCGAGCCGGAUGGUGACCCAGUCCGACUCGACUAUGCGGUCAAUAAAGACCGCGACCGCGAUUCUCCUCAGAAAAAGCCCAACGAGCGAAUUUUCGUCUCCGGGUUCGGUGCACAUCCUCCCGAGGAGGUUGCUGAUGCAUUCAAGCGGUUCCGAGUAAAAUCUUUCAAAGUCGCUACUGAACCUGUUACAAACCAGCCACGCGGUUAUGGGUGGAUGGACUUCGAGACGACAGCUGACGCGAUGCAAGCUAUGGACACGCUUUUAACGGAGAAGCCGUUAAUCGGUGGCGUGCCGUUGAGAUUGGAAUACGCCAACAUCAGAAAGGACAACGACAAGAAACAAAUUAGAGAGGGACGCUUCAAGUCGACUUAA